AUGCCUAAUAUGAAGGUGAUAAUAUUUCUUGGAAUGUUCCAAAUGAUUAUUUCAUGUGCUCAAGCCAUAUCAAAACAAGAUUUCAUAGAGAGUUUCACUUUAGAAGAAAGAAGCCUAAUCCAAAACAAUGAACAACCACGUGAGCUUAAUGUUACAACUACAAGAUAUCCAAUGGGAGGAGGUAGAAGGCUAGCACGAUUUGGAGGUGGACGAGGAGGUGGAAUGGGAGGAGGAAGAAUGGGAGGCGGAAUGGGAGGAGGGAUGGGAAAAGGUGGUAUGGGAGGAGGAGGAGGAGGAAAGGGUGGAGGUGGUAAGGGAGGAAAGGGUGGAGGAAGGGCAGGUGCAGCUGCGGGAGGAGCGGCAGCUGGAAUGUUCGGAGGUGGACUUAUUUGGGGAGGAAUUGCCAAUCGCAAUAACAUUAACAGGAACAAUGGUUCUUCUAGUUCUGCAACAACGUUAUCUGCUGGGACUCAUUUUUCUGUGUCAACAUUGAUUUUAUGUGUGAGCUUUUGGAUUUGA